AUGAAAGUGGCCGUUCCAAACAAACCUGGUAACGUACAGUUGCAGAUGAGGCAUAGAGAUCCGGAAAGACUUGGAGCGACGAAAUAUACCGCGAGGCUCAAAACCGAGCGCGAAGGAGGAUCACUGUGGGACAUAGGACAACUCAAAAUAGAUAAUAAAGAGUGGUGGCGGUGUCGGUGGGGUCUAGCGCGGCGGAUCGCCUGCCGCUGGCGUAUUGCCGCAGCCAGCGCGGCGUCCUUGCCUCAGUCGCGGGUAAUACGCGCGAGUCACGCGACAGAGGUCGAUAGCGGCCACGGGCCAGCCUCCGCGUCAAUUAUUCAGCACGCGAGCACCACCGGCGCCGCCACCAGCGAGGGACAAAGGCAACGCACUGCGACACCUACCGGCCCACCGCCGGCCCGCCACGCUCCAGCUCCUUACGAAAUAAAGCCAGAAGCGACGAAAGCCAAAACGAAGCACACUUAUCACUCCAAACCUUAUCCGUUUGCAACGCCGAGUUUGGACAGCGCGCGACGGUCGCGCGUUACGUAA